AUGAAGCCGCCGGCUAAACCACAACGUUUUAUUGCUCGAAUGACAUCAGCAGAAAAAACUUAUGUGAUGACAGCGAACAGUCAUGAUUUUCAAUCUCCUCUAACCAGUAGCUGUGAUCAAGAUUGUCGAUAUAAAUCAACAAUUUCAUUAUCAUCGACAAAGGAUGAGGAAUGUUCAACAAAUGAUUUGGAAGUUGCAACACUGACCGCAAUAUCCAAUUCAACAACACACGGCACUCAAACAGACGAUGAAUUCUUGCACAUACAAGAAGAAACUAAUAAUGAUGCUAGAAGGAAUUCUCAUCAUUUUGAGAGAAUUCGUGUUAGAGGAAUACAGAUUCCAUCAUCACCUACCUAUUAUUCAGUAUUUUCAAAUUCUGCUAGCUUAAAUACAUCGGCAAAUUCAGUAGCUGUUUCACAGAUUAGUGACUAUGACAGCCUGCCAACAAUAAGUCAAUUUCGAGACAGUUCACCAGGCAGCAGUCAUCUUCGGCGAAUUUCAUCGCUUCGUAGCUCACAACCAUAUUCGUCAAUUAAACAGGCAAAUUUGAAUCGGAAGGCGAGACAUAGCACAAUAGCACAAAUUGGUAAUUAUGCAUCUACAGAACCACUUUGGAAAAUGAUUUGUUCAGAAUGUGGCAAAAGAAGCGACAGUCAAAUGUCAAAUGUGACCCAGAGCACCAUGUACGAAUCAAAUCUUACAUUACAAGAACCAUCAUCUUCAAGACGACAGUCUUCCACAGCGUCAAUUUUUGUGAAACGGGAACCGCCGCUUGACACACCGUUGAUGUCACAGUCAUGGAAUGGUUGCUCCAAUAUUUCAAAUGGUUUUUUGGCCGAAACAUCGGAUCGGCGUUGUUGGCGUAACCGUGGAUCACCACCACCGUACUCACAGCUUCGUAUUGUACAAUGCGGAAAUCGUAUGACGUCGCAAGUAAUGGUUAACCAGUCGCCGCAGGUUGGUAGAAAAGCCUCCGGGCCACUGAAAACCGGUUCGGAAUUUAUCCGUCAAAGAUAUCCGCCAGUCGAACCGUCCACUUCUGGAACUUAUUCGGCAAAAUCUGUAGAUUCUUUGAGUAACAGUAGCGUUGAUUCGGGGCAAGGUUCUGGUGAACUAAGUUCGCAUGGGCAUUCAAGUAAGGAGGUUUUGGAUGGAUCUUACGAUGUUGUCAAUCAACGAAACCUGCCCAGUUAUGCUCGUAUGGCUAAUGCGAUGGAUCAGAUUUUAAGGAUGAGUACAUCGGUUUAUACCCUGCUUAAUUUGCCCAGAGAUCGGAUCACAUCUCGUGAUUUGAUCGCUAAAACCAAUAUUCUUGUUCAUAUUGUUGAGUCUUCGCCAAGUGCAUCUUUCCUUCCGACAGAAAAUCUGAAUAAAAUCAAGCAAAUGGUAAAAGAAUUACAAGCAGAAUAUAAGCGCAGUAACCGACCAAUAUUUAUUACCAAUUUUUUCGGUGCCACAUUGCGAAAACUUUUAAGGGAGAUUCUUUUACUAUUUACUAAGAUAAUUUCUCGGUAUUUAUUGGACUGUACAAAUAAAGAUCGUUUGCUUGUGAUUGCUUUAGAACAUCUGAUUCAUAUAAUGUUAUUUGGUGAAGAAAUGAGGCUAGAAGCUAUUCGGUGCAGUGGCCUAAAAGCAGUUUAUUCGUUUUGUCAGUUGAACACCACUCCACCAGACACUUUAAGGUUGCUUCUUCGAGCUUUAGCAGUAAUGUGUAAUGCCAAUAAAGGAUCCCAACAAGUUUUAAGUCUUGGAGGUUUGGAUCUGAUAACACAUAUUCUGUGUACCUCACCGGUUCCUUGUGGAGUAGAAGCUGCAGGUGUGCUGACGCAGCUGACAAACCCAAAUCGAGGCAUCGUUAAAUUAACACCAUCAAUUACCAGUAUUGCUGCUCGACUUUUAGAUGUCAUUGAUGUAUGUACCAGUGGUGAAGCACUUCUGUUAUGUGUAGCAGCUACGGCUAAUAUAUCUGUUCAAAGUAACGCUGUUGUCAAUGUUCUGUAUCAGCAUAACGCUGUCAAGCGGUUAAUUGCAGCACUGAAUCGUCCAAAAUGCAGUACAGUAUUUGUGCAGGAACAAGUCGCAACAGUCUUCUAUCGAAUGGCAGUGAGAGAUUAUGAGGAGGCAUUAAUUGCACAAGGAGCAAUUCCAGUACUUUUUUCGAUGUUAAGCAUUUGCGAUUCGGUAUUUACGGAAUAUUCUCGUCGGAUACAGUAUAAAGCAGCGGUAUGCCUCGGUACAAUGUCAUCGAAAGGGGUCGGAUUAAAGGCAAUUUAUAAAAAUAACGGGUAUGCAGUAAUUCUAAAGGUGCUACAAUCUGGAAGUGUUAGCAAUACGCCCGUUGAACGGAUAUGUUUGGCAAUUAAAGAUAAACUUGAAACAAAAUAUGAAAUCGAAAGUGCUGUUUAA